AUGUCCUCGGCGGCCGACGUCCCCGCGCCCGAGUCUGCUCGGAAGCGCUCGACCUCGCGAUCUAGAACCUCACGCCCAACCACGCCCCUCCGCCCCUCAUCGCGCUCCUCCUUCCGCGAGUCGGCCAAGGCCAGCACUGGCGGCGAGGCGUCCUUCCCUCUCAACACCUUCGAGCCCGUCUUCGCCGAGCUGUCCGACGCCAUGGCCGACCUCGAGGCCAACUUGAUGCAUUUUCAGAUCAUGCACGAGAGCCUGGCCCGCUUCAGUGAGAGCUUCGCCAGCUUCCUCUACGGCCUCAACAUGAACGCCUUCUGCGUGGACUUCCCCGAGGGGCCUGUUGCCGAAUCCUUUCGUAGAGCCAAGCAGCAAGACGAGCACAGCGCAGCGCGAGUCCCCGACAAGUCUACCGGUGAGAUGGAUGGCGAGACUACUUUCAUGUGCGUUGUCACCCUAAAUGGUCACCCUGCUCUCAACUGA